AUGACGGUCUAUGGUCCACUGGCUGAAAUAGCUGUCGGAGCUACGAUUGCAAUUGUGAUCAUCUCGACGAUACUGUCUUAUGGUGCCCAUCCCGUUGUUAUCAACGCAGUCAUUCUGGUGACUGUUGGUGUAGCAAUGAUGCUAUACAGCCUUCUUAUGGAUCUGAACCUAUUAGAAUUGCCAAUGUUCCUUUGGCGGAUCGUCUUCGAUUCAACGAAUUCACGAAUGCUCCUGCUGCUAUUCUGGACAUUUAACGUGAUCGCUUCUGUAGGUUUCGGAGUGUUUGUCAGCACCAGCGGUCAGAGCUCUACGAUACACAGAAAAUUCUUCCAUGUGACGGUCUCACUAAUUUAUCUGUCUGGAUUGUUUUUCGAUCGAGAUUUUGUCUGGUUGAGCGGAUGGUUCUCGUUUCUUUACAAAGUUCCACCAUGGGAAGAGCAACUGAACAACUUCCUCUUGGUGUUCAAAGAUGAACAAGACUCUGCCGUGCUGCUCACACCGAUUUUCCUCCUCUUUGGUGUUUUUCUGCCAUUGUUCCUGUCUCCAAACGACAAAUCGCCAAACCUGUACCAUUUGGCAGGAGUCGCUUCGGUUGGUGUUGGUGACAGCAUGGCCGCAAUUAUUGGAUCGAAGUUUGGCACUACCAAAUGGCCACGUAGGAACAAGACUGUCGAAGGAUCGAUGGCGAUGGCAGUAUCGAUUACGGUAUUUCUGAUCGUGGCACGACAAUUCUGCGUCUUUCGUGCGUCGUCUUACGUCGUCAUCGUCUUCGUUUCACUCAUUCUAGCUGCCCUUGAAGCUCUUAUAGAAAAUGUCGACAAUAUCAUUCUUCCCAUAGUGGGAUACCUACUCUUGUAG